AUGGCGGGCAAAGCCCUCAAGAGCGACUCGGCCCUGCUGCCCUCCGCCUGGGCGUCAGGCAAGACUCUGGAGCUCCUCGGCUACGGCACUGGCAAGCAGGCGGAGGCGGAGGCAAAGGCCUUCCUGCCGGCGACGCCGCUUCCAAGCCCCCCCAUCACGGCAGAGGAGUACUCCCAGAUGGCCACGCUCUGCGAGAAGUUGGGGGACGUGCAGGGCGCUCGUGCUCACCGCACAGCCGCGGCGGCGUUGCAGGAGCCCUUGCCCAAGCACGUCCCACUGCAGGUUCAACUCAACCGCGCCUAUCAGCAAGCGCGCAUGGUCGAGAAGCGCCUGGAGAGUGCGGUCACGAAGUACGAACAGAUGGAGCAAGCUCUUGCGGCGCAGAGGUAUUUGGUGCUUCAGCUACGGUCGGACUUGGUUGAGGCAGAGAGUCAGCACAGUGCACUCGUGCGGCGCCUGCAUGACGAUCCACCUGGCCCUACGUCCGACACCAUUGCAGGUAGCAAGCUUAGUCUGGAGGACCUUCUUGAUGAGCAGCGAUUCUCAGCCAUGUUCCACCUCGACCUCGGAGACUGCUCCACCGUCACGGAGGAGGAGGAGGACCCCCUGUCUGCCGAGGAGAAGGAUCAGCUGGCUACACGAGUGUCGCAGUUCAAGACAGGCAUCUCCGACUUGGCUCGCCACCUCUUCUCGGAGGCUAAGCGGAAGGUCGACUCGCUCAAGGCCGAACGCCAGUCGCCUCCUCAGCGCAUGGCGGCCAAGAAGCGGCGCGCUGGCGAGGAGGGCCAGGGCGCGGCAG